CAAACCAAUACCAGGAUGCCAGAUGUUUUUGAGUUACCACGCUCAUCGUUCGUGAACAUCCAACGGCCUGGACAGGACCAACAGCAGCCCACUUCGAAAGGGAAAAGUCAAUCCCAGUAUACUGAACAACUCGCCUAUAAAGGAUUCGCUCCUUCGCCAUUCAUCAACGGAACUUCAACCAGUUCAGACGUAUCUCCAUUUUCAACUGUUCGACAAUUGUUGAACCCGUUAGUGGAAAGUGUUAUCUGUACAAAAUCAACCGACGCGAACAUGAUCGGUACGGCCAAGAUUCUCUCGGGCGCGGAUGUUUCCAAAGAAAUUCGUGACAAAUUGAAGAAAGAUGUGAGUGAAAUUAGGAAUAAAAUUCCGACCCUUGUGCCGGGAUUGGCCAUUGUGCAAGUUGGUGAUCGCGAAGAUUCAAACGUGUACAUCCGCAUGAAGAUUAAGGCUGCCGAAGAGAUUGGAAUCUACGCGGAGCACAUGCAACUUCCCAAGUCAACUACGCAAGAUGAACUCCUGGCCGUGAUAAAGCGCCUCAAUGAGGAUCCCAACUUUCACGGUAUCAUCGUGCAGAUGCCACUGGAAUCGGACUGUCCGAUCGAUUCGCAUCUGAUCACCGACGCCGUCUCUCCCGAUAAGGAUGUCGAUGGACUCAACACCAUCAACGAGGGCCGUCUUGCCGUGGGAGAUUUGAGUGGAUUUCUACCGUGCACUCCAAAUGGGUGCAUGGAACUGAUCAAGCGAAGCGGAAUUCCCAUCGCAGGAUCGCACGCCGUCAUCAUCGGGCGCAGUAAGAUCGUGGGGACUCCGAUGUCCGAGCUGCUCAAGUGGCACGAUGCUACGGUUACGGUUUGCCAUUCCAAGACGAAAAACAUGAACAUGACGAUCAAAAAAGCUGACAUCUUGGUAGUGGCCGUUGGUAAACCGGAAAUGAUUCGUGGGGCCUGGAUUAAGCCAAGUGCUGUUGUUAUCGAUUGCGGCAUCAAUUCCAUCCCAGAUCCGACAAAGAAGAGCGGCCAACGGUUGGUGGGGGAUGUGAAGUACGACGAAGCCCUGAUGGUGGCAUCGCAUGUCACCCCAGUACCGGGUGGCGUUGGCCCGAUGACCGUGGCAAUGCUGAUGCAAAACACGGUUCAGUCUGCUCAGAGAGUCGCCAAGAGGCUGAUCGAUAUGGAGUUCCGCUGGAUGAUCAAGACGCUCCCGUUGAAACCGUUGGAGCAGGUACCGAGUGAUAUCGAUAUCGCUCGCUCCCAAACGCCCAAGGAUAUUUCUCUUCUGGCUUCCGAAAUUGGCCUAAUCCCAUCGGAAGUUUCACUCUAUGGCGAUAAGAAGGCCAAGAUUUCUCUAAAAGUAUUGGACCGUUUGAAAAACGAAGAGGAUGGUAAAUACGUCGUCGUUGCUGGUAUCACCCCUACCCCACUGGGUGAAGGUAAAAGUACCACCCUAGUAGGGUUAGUUCAAGCUCUAACUGCCCACAAGCGAUGCAAUUCCGUCGCUUGUCUCCGGCAACCAUCGCAAGGGCCAACGUUCGGUAUUAAGGGGGGCGCCGCUGGCGGUGGAUAUUCGCAGGUGAUUCCAAUGGAGGACUUCAAUCUGCAUUUGACUGGGGAUAUCCAUGCCGUUACAGCUGCCAACAACCUGCUGGCAGCGCAACUGGAUGCGAGAAUUUUCCAUGAAGCGACACAAACCGAUCAGGCACUGUACGAACGGCUGGUCCCGGCAAUCAAAGGUUCGAGAAAGUUCUCCGCCAUUCAACUGCGCCGUUUGAAGCGUUUGGGUAUUGAAAAGACCGAUCCAUAUACCUUGACACCGGAGGAAAUUCGCCGGUUCUCGCGGUUGAAUAUUGACCCGCAUAAUGUGGUUUGGACCAGAGUAUUGGAUGUCAACGAUCGCUAUCUCCGCAAGAUUACGAUUGGGCUAUCUCCAACUGAGAAGAACAUGAUCCGGGACACCAGUUUCUCGAUUUCUGUUUCCAGUGAAAUUAUGGCAAUCCUAGCCUUGGUAACAAGUUUGGAAGACAUGAAGCAACGACUCUCCAAGAUGGUGGUCGCUUUCGAUCGUAAUGGAACGCCAGUUACGGCUGAUGAUCUGGGUGUAACUGGAGCCAUGAUGGUCCUGCUCAAGGAUGCCAUAGAACCAACCUUGAUGCAAACUUUGGAGGGAACUCCAGUGAUGGUUCAUGCAGGUCCAUUCGCAAACAUUGCGCACGGUUGUUCAUCGAUCAUUGCGGAUGAUAUUGCCUUGAAGCUGGUUGGAAAACCGGGAUAUGUCGUUACGGAAGCUGGCUUCGGAUCGGACAUUGGAAUGGAAAAAUUCUUCAACAUCAAAUGCCGUGCUUCUGGAAAGGUACCUAAUGCAGUGGUUCUGGUGAUGACGGUUCGUGCACUGAAGAUGCACGGUGGUGGUCCUCCGGUUGUGUCUGGAGCUCCCCUCCGUAAGGAGUAUACGAUGGAAAACUUGGAACUGAUCGAAAAGGGACUGCCAAAUCUUUUGAAGCACAUUGACAACGGUUUGAAGUAUGGUGUUCCGGUUGUGGUAGCUAUCAAUGCUCACUCGAGCGAUACCAAGGCGGAACAUGACCUGAUCAAGAAGGCUUGCAAACAAGCCGGUGCAUUCGCUGCCGUCGUUUCCAAUCACUGGGCAUUGGGGGGAUCUGGAGCGACAGACCUAGCCCAAGCAGUCAUCGAUGCCUGUAGCAAGCAAUCUGAGUUCAAACUUCUGUACGAGCUGGAAUUGACGAUCGAGGAAAAGAUCCUGAAAAUUGCCAAAGAGAUGUACGGUGCAGGAACGAUCGAACUAACCGCCAAGGUUAAGGAUGCCAUUAGACUAUACACCGACAAGGGCUUCGGUAACCUACCGAUUUGCAUGGCCAAGACCGCCAUGUCCCUGACCGGUGAUCCCAGUGCCAAAAAUGCUCCAAAGGACUUCAAACUGGUCAUAAACGAUAUCUGUCUGUCGGCCGGUGCCGGGUUCAUUGUUCCGAUGUGUGGGGAGAUCACCAAAAUGCCAGGUCUUCCAACCAGACCGUCGAUAUUCGAUAUUGAUUUGAACACCGAAACGGGAGAGAUCGAAGGUCUUUUCUAGACGCAUCAAUCUUCGCCUACUUCAUGGAACGACUAUUUCUACUAUGCUACAGAACGAAGCGCUGAUAACAACAUCUUCAACAUCAAGAGCGGGGCGGUGCUUCUACUUUCAAUCUCUCUGUUUUUCUCCUGAUAGAUUAAAAAAAUAUGUUUUUAUGAAAAUCACACAAGCAACUGUUUUGAGCUUUUUAGAGGAAACAUUUAGACCGUUUGUAGAAAUAUGUAUCUAAUAAAAUUGCUUACUUUUAUGAA